UUGUUUUCAUGCCCCCUCCGCCCGUAUCAGGCAAGCUGGCGUUCUCCGAGCUGCCAGCAGCUGCGAUGUGCUCGUACUCGGUGUCGCGCAGGUUUGCGAAAGCCGCCGCGAACGCUUCGUGAAUCGUGACAGUGUGUGCGUUUUUGCGUGUGCUACGACCGAGCGUUUUGGCCAACGGAAAGCGCUAGCUGCACCGGGCGACGACCAUGGGACGACGACGUGCGCCUGGCCGAUCUACGCACAGUCGCUACGCACUACAGCGUCGCUUACCUGCGGUUGGAAACGCCGAAAGAACAACCACACCUGCACGCGUGUAGCCGUAGCAGUCCUGGCGUAAGACAGAGGAGCGCUCCGUCAGAAGCCUUCAGUCGGGCACCUGCCGUCUGCAGCCAAGCCGAGCCAUGAGCGUGUACAACGUGCGAUCGUCGCAGACGGUCGCCACCGCCUACUUCAGCCUCGACGCAGCCGCUCGGGCCUGCCUUGAUCCAUUCGUGCCAAUCUUCCUGCGUCACCACGGGCUGACCGCGCUGCAGGCGGGCGUCGUGCUUUCCGUGGCCGCCAUCUUGUCCGGGCUGUUCGUUCCCGCCGCACUGUGGCUCCCCAGGUGGCGCCGCAACAGCUGGCGCUCCGUACUUCUGGCCAGCAGCGUUGUCUCAAUCGUCUGCUACCUGUCACUGCUGGCAAUACCGCCGACAACUUCCGGCGGAGGCGAGUGGGUUUCGCCGUGUCGAGUGUCCGAGCCGACGUCGUCUUCGUCGGCGCGCGGCACGCAUACAGGCAGCGUCGUUAGUUCGACUGGCGGAUCGAUACCUUCGAUACCGGUGGGAGGACAUGUCAACGGUCAAGACGCUCAGCAUAGUGGUGGUGACAAUAUGCAGGGAGAAGCGAAGAAUGGUAGCUGGAGGCCGCUUCCAGCGCCCUCUCCGACCUAUGAGCAACUGCCCACGGCUGUGCCUCUAGUUGCCGAUCCAGCCUUCCUUCUGUCUUCGCGUGGGGUGACGGCCGCAGAAGGACGAUUGCACUUGCGAGUUCGCAGGGCACCGAAUGUGUCGCAAGAAGAAAGUGAUGCGGUCGCAGCUGCAAUGACUCUGGAACCUCCAGGUCCCGCGUCUCCUCCUCUCGCAGAGAACGCAUCUAAGGACAUGAUGCAUCCUCUCGACGAAGUUUCUAUGCUGACCAAGGACAAGAAGGGCAUGCCUCUAGUGCCCGCAGACCCGGAUUGUCAGGGUGACGAGACGAGCUCGGACUGCCCCGAGGUGACCCACGUCGCGGAAGGCGACGACACCGACGACGGCUUGCGAAUGAGCAGCGCCGACCCAUUCCUAGACAAUGCCGAGCUGCUGCUCCUGGCCUCGGCCGUCGUGCUCGGUGGCUCCACGUUUGCCCUGGCCAAGUUUGUUGCGGACGAGUCGUACUUCGCCUUCCUAGACGAGAUCGACGCCACCGAGAAGUCUCGCAGCCACGAGACAUACGCGGCAGUCGUCACCGCCCUCGUGCUGGGUGCCGUCGCCAUCUUGGCCGCCCAGGCGCCCUGCCUACCGCUGCCCACGUGGGGUUUCCAGGAGGUCUACCUCGCCGCCUUCGGGACGCUCGUGUUCGCCUCGCUCCCGCUGGCCGCCUUCUUUCCCGAGCCGCACCAGCCGCUGCGUCGCCAGGCGACCUCGGGGGCUUGCCGCGGCGUUGGGACAGUUCUCAAGAACCUCGAGGGAGCCCUGAUCGUUGGCGGCCUCUUCUUCCUGGGAGUCCUGGCGGGCCUGGAGCAGGCUUUCUUCAUGUGGCAUCUGGAGGAGACCGGCAAAAAGGUUGAGCUCGGCGUCGUGCUUAUGGCCAGGGCGGUGUCCAACGUUGCCUCGCUGUUCCUUCUGUGCGCCGGCGGUCUGCCCAGUCGCCUACUGGCUUGGCUUGCCUUCGGCAUCGUCUGCGUCGCGGCCCGGUGUGCCUGUUACGUGCAGUCCGGCUGGGAGCUGGCAGCCGUGGCUCAGCUUCUGUCCCCGCCUUCGACCGUGCUCGUGUGGAUCGCCUGCGAGCGGUGGGCGCGCCGCUCGUCGACGAGAGUUAGCACCGAGCGCGGUCUGCUGGUCGUCAUGCGCUGCUGCCACUACGGUUUGGGAUUUUGCGUCGGCGCCCUGUCUGGAGGCGGCGUUGCCGCUUGGCUGGGCGUACGCACCACGCUGGGUGCGGGCGCGGUAGUCGGGAUCGUCGGCGGACUGGCCAUGCUGGCCGCGAGCCGGUUCGUGUCCGCCCGCCCGCCCAGCUACGACCGGCUGCUGUGGGACCCGACAAGCGCCAACUCGGACAGCGAGUCCGAGGAAGAGCCCAAGAUGGCUGGCGAUGCCGGUGUACCUAUUGCAGUGUCGCCUGUGGCGUCGUGAUCGCUUUUUUUUUUCGCCUGGAUUUUGACGGAGCCGCAAACGGACGUUGACGUUCUUCUUGGAAAAGAAUGUGGGGUGUUGCAUGUGUACGCGUGAUUUUUUUUAUCGCGAGAUUCAAGCACUUUGUGGUCAAGGUGUGAAAAGACAGGGUUGUCAGUUGUAAAGGUGGAGCAUGAACACUCUAGUCGUCUUAUACCGCAUUACCGAACACGUCACAGCUUCUCUGCUUCGUGGCACCGCUGCAUACAACACGCGGAUAUCCGUCUGUCGCGGUGUCCACAGACGAUUCAAAGUAAUGACACCAUCAAGUUUUGCACACGUGGAUAUCGUUCUCUAGCUGUGUCCACAGAUGUGUCAAAAUUAAUGACACCAUCAAAAGUUUGCCGCACAAUAACCACUAGGUUUGUACAUGUGGCAUAGUGAUGCACAAUCACGUUGCCGGAACCAAGGCCCUCUGACUCAGUAAAGUCUGAUCGUGGUGCUGGUUUUUGCGAUGAAGGGUUCUUUGCUGUUUAAUAACUGUUGAGAAACGGGAAUGCGUGUUCACUUGUGGUUGUGUUGGUUGGGCCCACGUCACACAUUCAGUUUUUCCCAAACAUUCGUCAAAUAUGUUUCUCUUUACUCUUUGUUCUUUCCGCUUUCUAAAACGCGUGCACAUUUUGAAAGUUCAUACUCAUCUCACACUUGGAACAUGUGCCACCAUAUGCCCAUGGUUGGUUUAUUGUGUGAAUUAGUAUGUGCUUCUGGCAUUGGAUAUCGCUGAAAUUUGCCGAACAUUUGAGCGCUGGAACUUGAACCUCAUUCUAAGCUUACGUCACCUACUGCUUCCUAAUUUAUAGAUGGGAUGCUAGCUUUUAUGGCACCAACAGUUUUCUUUAGCUUAGUGAAUAGUUUGAGAAUGUAAUAAUAUACAAAGCCCGCUUUAGCGCUCGUACAGGGAAGCCCCCUUUUGCAACCGCUUUUCCGUCAUGUGAAGUAUACACUGUUGAAUUAUUCUAGUCUAGCCCACUAGUUGAGCCAAAGAACACACACCAUAUAUGUGUGUAUGUAUAGCAAUGCUGCAUUUCGAUUAUGCGGGCUGAAGACUGCAUUUACAACACUGAAGUGAGACUUGGAUGCAUAAUUUCUGUGAACAGACCGUUGUACAUUGCCUCCAUCUCGCGUGCAUAGUGUCAUCCCGCAUGCGUGUUGUCUUGAGCGCAUGUGGCAAAAGAACCUUGUGAUCAUGGUGGAUGAUGAAGGAAGCCAGAAUGAGUUCUUAGAGAACUCCGUUAUGAGAAAACACCAAGUGCCUUUCCAGAGACUGCUCUUAUGCCCACCAUGCGCACAAGUCAAUUGCGUCACAAGUGUUUCUCCUUCUAGUCAAGAGUCUAGUUCCUCCUAUUUUCAAUAGUACCUGCAAGUACCUGUGCAGAGUACUUGAUGGCAGUGUUGCUGUGCAUACUGUUUUCGUUCUUAUGUAAAAUAAAGCGUUGCGUGAAAGCAAAGAAACA